GUUAUUGAGUAAGCUGCUGGCUGGCCAUCACACGGAUGACCAGAGGGGCCUGCGUAUCUGACACAGGUUGCCAUAGAGACGGGUGCAUAUGGUCGCGAUGGAAACGCUAUGCCAUUUCUUAUGAUGUACAGUACAUACAGCGAAGGAAGUGACGGUGAAACCAGCUACAGUCUUUUACUUCAUGAAAACAUGAAUGGGUUCCAGUAAUAAAACAUCUAUGUGUCUUUUUUCUCUCUGCGAUUCCCUCCAUUUGUACGCUUACUUGUAUAGAAUUUGAUCAAAGAAAUUGAACAAAAUAUGGGAUGGAAUUUAUGUGUAAAAUAUUUAUUCACUUUAGUGCAGCUAGAUUUGGACCUUACAUGUAGACCAUAUAACUACAGGUGAAUGUGUUAUAGUGCCUUAUAAACUGCUUGCCAACUGAUACUUUUGUUUCCUCAGAGGCAGGAUUGUUGCCUUCACUCACACGUCAAUAGACAGCUUGUAUCACUACCUUUAGGGCCAGGAAAUGGUGUAGCCAAGAGCAAGUGGGCCCAGCAUGUUGGAACUUGAAUGUGAUGGAUGGCAAUUCAUGAAUGAUAUAUUAGACGAUGAAUGCCUCGAAGUCUAUUCAAUUAACAAAUUAUUGAUGAAAUAAGAAUAAAACAUUUUACAUUAAUGUAUAAUAAAUAAUAUAUUGGCCUAUAAGGUAUAUUUAUAACAAUGAAUAGGUCAGAAUAAUUGUUUGCUUGCUAAUUACAAUAUAUUCAUAAGAUAUAGCAAUUUCACAGUUAAAGUAAAUUCCAGUAGUUUGUUAAUUGGGUUCAUUUUUCCUCAGUCAAUAUUGAAUACGUGUGUAGCUUAAUGCGUUCGUUCUUGUAUUAAUCUAUGUUUAAUAUCAAUGAAAUAUGUGUAUAUGGUUUCUCAGUCGAGGCUCGCACUCAAAGUACCAAACACAGUCCUGAAAGCAGUCGCUUUAUCCUAAUGGAAGUCCCUCUCACACCCCUAAAGACGCGGUCCUGGCGACACGCCUAAUCACGGUGUUGCCGGGCAACCAGCAGCACCUGGCCCAGGUGACCCUUUGCGCUCCACCCUCUCUCUCGCUCGCUCUCCCUAUUUCUCAUACACACACGCAUGCCAGCGCGGCGGUGUCAGUCUCCCAUGGGUGCUGAGCAGGACAGCAGCACCGUCUGAGGAGGGAUAUUAACCAGAGCCGGAGGCUCCAUGGUUAACAGGUCAGCUGGAGAGCUAGACCAGCCUUGGAUAAUGUACUGAAAGAAGCCAAGAGAAUUCACCAGAGCAUUGGGACAUGUCAGAAAGUUCCUCAGGUGUGAAUACUAGCAGUGGCAGUUUUCCUAAGUCCCACUCCUCCCAGUACUCCGACCUCAGCGUCAAGCACACCCCGCCCUCUGUGGAGCACAGUCCUGACUCUGGAGUCGUUAGUACACCUCUGCCAUCCAGCCGGUUUCGCUUUGUGUCCUGGCAUCGCCUGGAGCAAAGUGAUGUCAGAGGGAACCAGCUGACCUGCCCACGGGUGAGAGAAGGGCCGCCAGAGGAGGAACGGUCAAUCCGAGAAGAGGGGGAUGUUCUCCAGGAGCGUUGGGGGAGGAGGAGGAGGAGGACAGAGGAGCUGGAGGGGCAGAGAUGGGAGGAGAGGCUUCAAGAAAACUGGGAAAACUGUCUGGAGCUGAAUCUGUCCUACCAGGACCUCGGAGAUCCAUUCCAGCGGGACAACUUCUUUCGGAUCCUCCGUCGCCUGAUCCGCGUGGAGAAGCUGCAACUGGUGGACAACUCCCUCACCGACCUGAGUUCUGUCUGCCUGCCAAGGUGCAGAGUCCUCAACCUGCAACGCAACCACCUGGUGUGUCUGCGGCGUCAGCUGCCAAAGCUCCCAGCCCUGGAGCACCUGUGCCUGUCCGACAACGCCAUCAGCUCCCUGGGGGGGCUGGGGGCCGCUCUGGGGGGCGCCCCACUGCACUCGCUGACCCUCAGCCGCAACCCAGUGACCUUCACUCAGGACUAUCGCUCACGGGUCUUCUCCUGUUUGCCAAAGCUACAGGUACUGGAUGGCAUCCCUAAGCUUCCAGAGGAUUCUCUGCCUCCCAAACUACAUUUCCCAGAAACCACCAGGAUGUGUAACAUCUUGUGACAUUGGUCCGCAAAGGGGAUUGUACUAACUAGCCCCAUGGCUAUGAAUAAUCCCAUGGAUAACUAGCGACAGUUGAGUUUCCUUUCAGAGAUUCAUUGAGCUGUAUAAGACUAAAGACUUUGAAGCCACAUUGAAAAAAAUAUGUGUAAUCUGUAUGAGUUUUUUAUUAGAACUGCUGAUUUAUAUUUUUGUGAUAUUUUUUUACUAUCUUCAAUAAUAAAUUAUUUAAAAAACGA